AAAUGAUUAAAAAAAAAAAAGAAAAUCGACUUCGUGGAUAUGUAAACCCGAGUCAGUAGCGAGUCCAAUGAGCAACAGAUAUGGCGGACAAGUGGAAACACACUGCUCUGUUAGUCAUCGACAUGCAGAAUGAUUUCAUCCAAGAGGGUUCUGUACUGAAAGUGAACGGAGGCAAUGCCAUUGUUCCCAAUGUAUUGAAGGCUGUUGAAGUCGCUAGACAACGUGGUAUCCUCAUAGUUUGGGUUGUUCGUGAGCAUGAUUCACAAGGAAGAGAUGUUGAAUUAUUCCGCCGACACUUGUAUUGUCUUGGCAAAAUAGGUCCAACUGUUAAGGGGAGUGUGGGUGCAGAGCUUGUGGAUGGCCUAGUGAUAAAAGAGGGAGAUUAUAAGGUUGUGAAGACACGUUUUAGUGCAUUUUUCUCCACUCAUCUUCAUUCAUUCCUUAAGGGUGCAGGGGUUCAUAAUUUAGCAAUCAUUGGUGGGUAAGAAUGCUUGAAACAUUGUUAUUGUUGUUGACCA